AUGAGAUGUACAUUAAAGCAGCCAAGCAGAAGUAUUCUAAUAAUAACGGUAAAGAGUACCCAGGUAUUAAUAAAAGUAACGUAAUUGAGGGUAACGCAUUAAAAAAACUUCUACCAAACCACAAAAGUCCAGUACAACAUGAUAUUCCAAAGAAUCAUAGUAUUCAAGAGAUUACAAAUGAGAAGCUUUCACUCAAGUCAACUCAAACUACAAAGAAUGGUAUAGUAAUUGAACUAUUUACUGACAUACAACCAACGGAGAUCGAGCUAUUUGAAGAACUGCCUGAAGAAGCUGAUCAAUUUACUCAAAUUACUCGUGAUAGUGGAUUUGAAGAUCCUACUGACAUCUCAUCCAUAGAUAAAAACUUACAAUACCAAGAUAAGGAACAAAGUUAUCGCCAUAGUAAUAACCAAACUACUAGUGAAGAUGAUGAAGAUUAUAUAGAUGAUGAAGAUGAUAGUGAAGGUAGUCAAUGGUCAGGAGACAGAUCUUCAGUCGAUAGCGAUGUUGAGUCAGAAGAGGAUGACGAAAUUUUUCAGGAUGACAUAGAAGUUGUUAGAGACUUUGAAGAAACGCUCCCCUUACCUGAAUUAUCAGGUAACUUAUCAUUCCAUCAUUCGAACGUGCAAUUUAACAGUACUUUCAAAGAUCCAACAUCUCACAGCUGUUCAAAUAUUCACGAAGCGCAAAGUAAUGCAACUGUCUCUCAUG